AUGGCCAACGAAAAAUCCAAAUCCAAGUCCAUUUCAUUUGAUUCUAUCAUCCAGGCUGAUCGCCAAAAGAAGAAGCAAGAAGAUCUUGCAAACCAACUCCUAGGAAAGAACCGCAGGUCGAGCGCUCCCGGAUCUGGCUCAGGCGCCGGCAGGAAAGGACAGGACAAAACACAGACCGCGAAGCCCGGCAGUUUAGCAAGCAGGAUCGGAGUAGCCAAGCGUUCUGUGUCUGCGACCGCGAAGCCCACCAAGCCAGCACCCGUCACCAAUGGCCGAUCGCGCGGAAACAAUGGAAAGAAGGAUCGCAUCAAUCCAGAUCAGGUCUGGAAAGCUCUUCAGUCAGACAAUGGGAAUGUGAUUGCCCAGCCACGCGCCUCUGCUCCGGGUGGCAACACCCGUAACAACAUCUCCAUCAAGGGCGCUUCGGGGCCAUUCGUCGUUGUUGGACAAAACUUUGCACCUGGAACAACGGCUGCCGAUAUUCAAUCCGCCCUGGAGCCAGUGACGGGGCCCAUGCUCAGCUGUCGAAUAAUUGCGAGCAGCCCGAACGUCGUUGCGGAAUUUGCAUAUGCGGAGAAAUCGGCGGCUGAGUUGGUCGUCGCCAACUACCACAACCAGCGGGCCGACGGACGAAUCCUCACCAUGAACCUCAAAUCAGCAAACACCCCGGCUCAGCCCAAGAACCAAGAUCACUUCACCAAACUCCGAGCACAAGCUGAUCGGGAGCGCGUCCGGGCUCGCCGCGGCCAAGGUCAAGACGACCUGCUGGCACAGACAUCGAAAAACGCGCACUCUGGUCUCUAUAGCGAUGAAAUGGUGGUUGAUGCACCAGCGCAGAACACCCAGAAGAAGAACAACCAACGCAGGGGACGCCGAUGA